AUGGCCUCGGAAGUGGUGUGCGGGCUCAUCUUCAGGCUGCUGCUCCCCAUCUGCCUGGCAGUAGGUCUAGAGAACACCGCCUUCACCACGACUGUGAGAGAUAAAUGUGAAGGGGAGCGCGGCAUCCUGGCUCUGCGCUUGCUCUUCUCUGUAGGUCAGAAAUUACAGUGGAAACUGCUGCCACUAAACUGGAAUCCCUUGGCAGCCCCAGUGCCCCAUGAGUCUGAAGAAGCCACUGUCCGCUGUCUCUAUGGCACUGAUCGGGUAAUUCUCAGGAGCCUGAGGGAGGGUGCUGAGACCUUCAUGGUUGCCCUCCGACCUGUUUGCAGCGGCUCUGGAAGCCUCUCAGGUCCUCUUCCCUUCCCUAUCCAGGCGGUGCCGCUCACGGUGGAGUCUAACACAGAAGCACGUGGAGUGGAUGGUUCUGGGCAGAGCAGUCCUGGCCUUCGCUUGGUUUACGAAGCAGAGCUCGACUCCCCGGCCUCACACCUGGUACAGCUCAGGGUCACUAAAAUCCAUGCCAAGUACAGGGAUGUUCAUCUCGCAGGGACUCACUAUUGCUGUUUAAUUCAGCAAUACCUCUGCCGAAAGGAGCUUUUGACCCUCCUUAAAGUGCUAAUGAAACCUCCAGCUGCUCCGGGCUCCGUGGAGUGGCGGAGAUGCUCAACGUGGGAAAAGACAUUUCGGCAGAUUGGCUUUGAAAGCUUAAAGGGAGCUGAUGCUGGCAAUGGGAUCAGAGUGUUUGUGCCUGAUAUUGGGAUGUUCAUCGCUAGCCUGGCCAUCUGGCUCAUCUGCAGAAACAUCGUUCAGAAACCAGUGACAGAAGAAGCAGCACAGUAUAACCUGGAGUUUGAAAAUGAAGAACUGGCUGGAGGAGAAAAACUCGAUCCAGAAGAGGCACUGAUCUAUGAGGAGGGCUUAGAUGAAGGAGAUGGUGUUGAAGGCGAGAUGGAAGAAAGCACAAAACUGAAAAUCUUCCGCAGGUUUGCCUUUGUGGCUUCCAAGCUUAAGGAGUUUAUUGGCAACAUGAUAACCACCGCUGGAAAAGUAGUUGUGACGAUUUUACUGGGUUCAUCAGGUAUGAUGCUGCCAUCUUUGACCUCAUCUGUCUACUUUUUUGUGUUUUUGGGUCUGUGCACCUGGUGGUCCUGGUGCCGGACAUUCGACCCAUUGCUGUUCAGCUGUCUCUGUGUUCUCUUGGCUAUUUUCACCGCGGGACACUUGAUUGGACUUUAUUUAUACCAGUUCCAGUUCUUUCAAGAAGCAGUUCCACCCAAUGACUACUAUGCAAGGUUGUUUGGUAUCAAAUCAGUGAUUCAAACAGACUGUUCCAGCACGUGGAAGAUCGUGGCAAACCCAGACCUGUUAUGGUACCACCACGCCAACCCCAUCCUGCUGCUGGUGAUGUACUACACGCUGGCCACUCUGAUCCGCCUCUGGCUGCAGGAGCCACUUGUGCAGGAUGAGAGGACCAAGGAGGAGAGAGCCCUGGACUGUAGUCCCAUCCAAAUGACAGCUAAGAGGAGGCGGAGCCUGUGGUAUGCCACCCAUUACCCAACUGACGAGAGAAAACUUUUAUCCAUGACUCAAGAUGACUACAAACCAUCUGAUGGCCUGCUGGUGACCGUGAAUGGCAACCCUGUGGAUUACCACACCAUCCACCCGAGUCUUCCCAUCGAGAAUGGCCCUGCCAAAACCGAGCUGUACUCCACGCCGCAGUACCGGUGGGAGCCCUCGGAUGACUCUGCAGAAAAGAAAGAGGAAGAAGAGGAUGAGAAAGAAGAAUUUGAAGAGGAAAGGAGCCAUGAAGAAAAAACAAGCGUGAAAGUUCACGCCAUGGUCUCUGUGUUCCAGUUUAUUAUGAAACAAAGUUACAUCUGUGCCCUCAUUGCCAUGAUGGCUUGGAGCAUCACCUACCACAGCUGGCUGACCUUCGUGCUGCUGAUUUGGUCAUGCACUCUCUGGAUGAUCCGCAACAGAAGAAAAUACGCCAUGAUCAGUUCUCCUUUUAUGGUUGUCUAUGCAAAUCUAUUGCUGGUAUUACAGUACAUAUGGAGUUUUGAACUUCCGGAAAUUAAAAAGGUCCCAGGAUUUUUAGAAAAGAAAGAGCCAGGAGAACUUGCCUCAAAGAUACUUUUCACCAUUACUUUUUGGCUACUGCUGAGGCAACACCUCACCGAGCAAAAAGCUCUUCGAGAAAAGGAAGCUCUUUUAUCUGAGGUCAAAAUUGAAACUCAGGAAAUUGAAGAAAAAGAUGACGAACAAGAUACACAAGUGGAAGGAGAGGCUGAAGAGAAGGGGGAAGAAGAGGAAGAAAUGGAAGAGAAGCAAGAGAGUAAGAAAGAAGAGGAGGAGGAGGUGGAAGAAGAUGAUGACCAGGACAUCAUGAAAGUCCUUGGCAAUUUGGUGGAGGCCAUGUUCAUUAAGUACUGGAUCUACGUCUGUGGAGGAAUGUUCUUCUUUGUCAGCUUCGAGGGUAAAAUUGUGAUGUACAAAAUCAUCUACAUGGUGCUGUUUCUGUUCUGUGUGGCCUUGUAUCAGGUGCACUAUGAAUGGUGGAGGAGAAUUCUAAAAUAUUUUUGGAUGUCUGUGGUUAUUUACACUAUGCUGGUGCUUAUCUUUAUAUACACAUAUCAGUUUGAAAACUUCCCGGGCCUGUGGCAAAAUAUGACUGGAUUGAAAAAAGAAAAGCUUGAGGAUCUCGGCUUAAAGCAGUUCAGCAUGGCUGAACUAUUCACUCGCAUAUUCAUCCCAACCUCCUUUCUGCUCGUGUGCAUUUUACACCUUCACUAUUUCCAUGACCGGUUCCUGGAACUCACAGACCUAAAUUCCAUUCCCAGCAAGGAAGACAGCCCCAUCUACAGCCAUGCCAAAGUCAAUGGGCGUGUAUAUCUAAUAAUCAAUAGGCUGGCCCACCCUGAAGGAAGCCUGCCAGACCUCGCCAUGCUGAACCUGACCGCCAGCCCGGAGAAGCUGGAGGGGCAGCAGGGGGCUGAGUUUGGUGAGGAGAAACCAGAGGGAUGCUCUGAAAAAGUGGAGAAGGGUGAACUUGGGAAAGACAGCGAGGAGGAGGAGGAAGAAGAAGAUGAAGAGGAGGAAGAGACAUCAGAUUUAAGGAACAAAUGGCACCUGGUGAUUGACCGCCUCACAGUGCUCUUCCUCAAGUUCCUGGAGUACUUCCACAAGCUGCAGGUGUUCAUGUGGUGGAUUUUGGAGUUGCACAUCAUCAAAAUUGUUUCAUCAUACAUCAUCUGGGUCUCUGUGAAAGAGGUGUCUGUGUUCAACUAUGUAUUUUUGAUUUCUUGGGCUUUUGCUCUGCCAUACACCAAGCUACGCCGUCUGGCUUCAAGUGUCUGCACUGUCUGGACAUGUGUGAUCAUCGUCUGCAAAAUGUUGUACCAGCUGCAAACCAUUAAGCCUGAGACUUUUUCUGUUAACUGUUCCUUGCCAAAUGAGAAUGAAACAGACAUACCCCUCAACGAGUUGAACAAGUCUCUGCUCUACAGCGCUCCUGUGGAUCCAACUGAGUGGGUGGGCCUGAGGAAGUCUUCGCCGCUGCUUGUCUACCUGAGGAAUAAUCUGCUGAUGCUGGCCAUUCUGGCCUUUGAGGUCACAGUGUACCGCCAUCAGGAGUACUACCGGGGACGAAACAACCUCACGGCCCCUGUAUCUAAAACCAUCUUUCAUGACAUUACAAGACACCAUCUGGAUGAUGGAAUUAUUAAUUGUGCCAAAUAUUUCAUAAAUUACUUCUUCUACAAGUUUGGUCUGGAGACCUGUUUCCUACUGUCAGUCAAUGUAAUCGGUCAGCGGAUGGAUUUCUAUGCCAUGACUCACGCCUGCUGGCUGAUCGCCGUCUUGUAUCGACGCAGAAGAAAAGCCAUCGCGGAGAUCUGGCCCAAGUACUGCUGCUUCCUGGCCUGCAUCAUCACUUUCCAGUACUUCAUCUGCAUCGGCAUCCCCCCUGCGCCCUGCAGAGAUUACCCAUGGAGAUUCAAGGGUGCCAACUUCAAUGACAACAUCAUAAAGUGGCUGUACUUCCCAGACUUCAUUGUGCGGCCCAACCCCGUGUUUCUCGUCUAUGACUUCAUGCUGCUUCUGUGUGCCUCCUUACAAUGGCAGAUUUUUGAGGAUGAAAACAAGGCCGCAGUGCGAAUCAUGGCGGGGGACAAUGUGGAGAUUUGCAUGAGCCUUGACGCGGCCUCCUUCAGCCAAUAUAACCCAGUCCCAGAUUUCAUUCACUGCAGAUCAUACUUAGACAUGUCCAAAGUGAUCAUCUUUAGCUACCUCUUCUGGUUCGUCCUCACAAUCAUCUUCAUCACCGGGACAACCAGGAUCAGCAUCUUUUGCAUGGGUUACUUGGUGGCGUGCUUCUACUUCCUGCUCUUUGGGGGUGAUCUGCUGCUGAAACCUAUCAAGAGCAUCCUGCGCUAUUGGGACUGGCUGAUUGCUUACAACGUCUUUGUGAUUACGAUGAAAAACAUACUGUCAAUAGGAGCAUGUGGAUACAUCGAAAAAUUGGUUAAGAAUAGUUGCUGGUUGAUCCAAGCUUUCAGCCUGGCCUGCACAGUCAAAGGCUAUAAAAUGCCUGAUGCUGAUUCCUCAUGUAAACUACCCAGUGGUGAAGCAGGAAUCAUUUGGGACAGUAUAUGUUUUGCCUUCCUCCUGCUGCAGAGAAGAGUUUUUAUGAGUUACUAUUUCCUACACGUUGUGGCGGAUAUAAAAGCUUCACAGAUCCUGGCAUCGAGGGGGGCUGAACUUUUCCAGGCCACAAUUGUAAAGGCUGUGAAAGCAAGAAUUGAGGAAGAGAAAAAGUCAAUGGAUCAGCUGAAGAGGCAGAUGGAUCGCAUUAAGGCCAGGCAACAGAAAUACAAAAAGGGUAAGGAGAGGAUGCUGAGCUUGACCCAGGAGUCAGGGGAAGGCCAAGACAUCCAAAAACUCUCUGAAGAGGAUGACGAAAGAGAAGCAGACAAACAGAAAGCCAAGGGCAAAAAAAAGCAGUGGUGGCGGCCUUGGGUUGAUCAUGCUUCCAUGGUCAGGAGUGGAGACUACUACUUGUUUGAAACGGAUAGUGAAGAGGAGGAAGAGGAAGAAUUAAAAAAGGAAGACGAAGAACCUCCAAAAAAGUCAGCUUUCCAGUUUGUUUAUCAAGCCUGGAUUACUGACCCUAAAACAGCACUCCGACAGAGGCGCAAAGAGAAAAAAAUGUCUGCAAGAGAAGAACAGAAAAGACAGAGAAAAGGAUCUGGGGAGGGUCCUGUGGAGUGGGAAGACCAAGAGGAUGAACCAGUCAAAAAGAAAUCGGAUGGACCAGAUAAUAUCAUCAAGAGGAUAUUUAAUAUUCUGAAAUUUACCUGGGUGCUCUUUUUGGCAACCGUGGAUAGUUUCACAACUUGGCUUAACUCCAUUUCAAGGGAGCAUAUUGAUAUAUCUACAGUUUUGAGAAUUGAAAGAUGCAUGCUGACCAGAGAAAUUAAAAAGGGCAACGUUCCCACUCGGGAGAGCAUCCACAUGUACUAUCAGAACCACAUCAUGAACCUUUCCAGAGAGUCUGGACUGGACACCAUUGACGAUCGUCCUGGUGCCGCUUCAGGUGCACAGACAGCCCACAGGAUGGAUAGCUUAGAUUCACAUGACAGUAUCUCCAGCUGCUACACUGAAGCAACCAUGCUGUUCUCAAGGCAGUCUACCCUUGAUGAUUUAGAUGGACCAGAAACUGUUCCUAAAACAAGUGAGCGUGCUCGACCUGGGCUCCGUAAAAUGCUCAGUUUGGAUAUGUCCUCCUCAUCCGCUGACAGUGGCAGUUUAGCAUCAAGCGAGCCCACGCAGUGCACCAUGCUGUACUCGCGCCAGGGGACCACCGAAACCAUCGAGGAGGUGGAGGCCGAGCAGGACGAAGAGGCGGACGAGGAUGCGGAGGAGGAGGCGGAGGAAGAGGCAGAGGAGGCCCAGGACUCCGAGGAGUCCGAGGAGGCCGGCCUCACCCCGGACACGGAGUUGCCGCAGUCCUUCGCCGAGGACGGAGACAUGGAGGUCCCGCCGUCCUACAGCAAGGCGGUCAGCUUCGAGCGCCUGUCCUUCGGCUCGCAGGACGACUCCGCGGGGCCGAGCCGCAUGGCCGUCAGCCCCGACGACAGCCGCUCCUUGGACCGGCUGGGGUCCAGCAUCUUACCGCCCCUGACGCACGAGCUGACGGCCAGCGAGCUGCUGCUGAACAAGAUGUUCCACGAUGAUGAGCUGGAAGAGUCGGAGAAGUUCUACGUGGACCAGCCGCGGUUCUUGCUGCUGUUCUACGCCAUGUACAACACGCUGGUGGCCCGCUCGGAAAUGGUGUGCUACUUCGUGAUCAUCCUGAACCACAUGGUCUCUGCCUCCGUAAUCACUCUCGUGCUCCCCAUUCUGAUCUUCCUCUGGGCCAUGCUGUCUGUCCCGAGGCCCAGCAGACGGUUCUGGAUGAUGGCCAUUGUCUACACAGAGGUGACAAUUGUGAUCAAGUAUUUCUUCCAAUUUGGGUUCUUUCCCUGGAAUCAGCUGGUGGAAUUGAACAAGGACAAACCUUUAUACCCAACUAAUAUUAUAGGUGUGGAAAAGAAAGAUGGUUAUGUUCUUUAUGAUCUCAUUCAGCUCCUGACUCUUUUCUUCCAUCGAUCAAUUUUGAAGUGCCACGGCCUAUGGGAUGAAGAUGACAUUACCGGCAGUGGGACCGACAAGGAAGAGUCAGAUGAUGAGCUGUCCCUCAGUCACGGCAGAAGGGACUCCUCUGAUUCUCUGAAAUCCAUCAACCUGGCUGCGUCCACGGAGUCAGUGCACGUGUCCUUCCCUGAGCAGCUGACGGCUGUCCGCAGGAAACGUUCCAACAGCAGCUCCCAGAUGUCCCCCAGAUCCAGCUUUUCUUCAAAUAGGUCUCAAAGAGGCAGCACAAGCACCCGAAACAGCAGUCAAAAGGGAAGCAGUGUUUUGAGCAUCAAGCAAAGAAGCAAAAGGGAACUUUACCUGGAAAAGCUUCAAGAACAUUUAAUCAGAGCAAAAGCACUUACCAUAAAGAAGACUCUGCAAAUAUAUGUGCCCAUCAGACAGUUCUUCUACAACCUCAUCCACCCGGACUACAGCGCCGUGACCGACGUAUAUGUGCUUAUGUUCCUGGCUGACACUGUUGACUUCAUCAUCAUCGUCUUUGGCUUUUGGGCCUUCGGGAAACACUCAGCAGCUGCAGACAUCACCUCUUCUCUGUCCGAGGACCAGGUGCCCGGGCCGUUUCUGGUGAUGGUCCUCAUUCAGUUUGGAACCAUGGUGGUGGACCGAGCACUGUACCUCAGAAAGACUGUAUUGGGAAAGGUCAUUUUUCAGGUCAUUCUUGUGUUUGGAAUUCACUUCUGGAUGUUCUUCAUCUUGCCUGUAGUGACUGAGAGGAAGUUCAGCCAGAACCUGGUCGCUCAGCUUUGGUACUUUGUGAAGUGUGUGUACUUCGGGUUGUCUGCCUACCAAAUCCGCUGUGGCUACCCAACACGAGUGCUCGGAAACUUCCUCACAAAGAGCUACAAUUACGUCAACCUCUUCCUGUUUCAAGGGUUCCGCCUUGUUCCAUUUUUGACUGAGCUAAGGGCUGUGAUGGACUGGGUGUGGACAGACACGACCUUGAGCCUCUCCAGCUGGAUCUGUGUGGAGGACAUCUAUGCUCACAUAUUCAUCCUGAAGUGUUGGCGGGAGUCGGAAAAAAGAUACCCUCAGCCCCGGGGGCAGAAGAAGAAGAAAGUGGUGAAGUACGGCAUGGGAGGCAUGAUCAUCGUCCUGCUCAUCUGUAUUGUCUGGUUUCCUCUUCUCUUCAUGUCUUUGAUCAAAUCUGUCGCCGGGGUGAUCAACCAGCCCCUGGAUGUCUCGGUCACAAUUACCCUGGGAGGUUACCAGCCUAUUUUCACAAUGAGUGCCCAGCAAAGCCAGCUGAAAGUUAUGGACCAUACCAAGUUUAAAGCCUUUAUAAAAUCUUUCUCUAGUGACACUGGUGCUUUGCAAUUUCUGGAAAAUUAUGAAAAAGAAGACAUAACAGUAGCAGAACUGGAAGGAAACUCAAAUUCUUUAUGGACCAUCAGCCCUCCCAGUAAGCAGAAAAUGAUACACGAACUCCUGGACCCCAAUAGUAGCUUCUCUGUUGUUUUUUCAUGGAGUAUUCAGAGAAACAUGAGUCUGGGUGCAAAAGCAGAAGUAGCAACAGAUAAGCUUACUUUUCCUCUUAAAAAUAUUACUCGAGAGAAUAUAGCUAAAAUGAUAGCUGGCAACGACACACAAAGUUCAACAACUCCAGUGACUAUAGAAAGGAUCUACCCAUAUUAUGUGAAAGCACCUAGUGAUUCUAACUCCAAACCUAUAAAGCAACUUUUAUCUGAAAAUAAUUUCAUGAAUAUCACCAUCAUUUUGUCCAGAGAUAAUACAAUUAAAUCUAAUAGUGAGUGGUGGGUUCUCAAUCUAACUGGAACUAGACUCUACAAUCAGCAUGCCCAGGCCUUAGAGCUGGUGGUCUUCAAUGACAAAGUCAGCCCCCCCAGUCUGGGCUUCCUGGCUGGCUAUGGUAUCAUGGGACUGUAUGCUUCCGUUGUCCUUGUGAUUGGGAAGUUUGUCCGCGAGUUCUUCAGUGGGAUUUCUCACUCCAUCAUGUUUGAAGAGCUUCCCAACGUGGACCGAAUUUUGAAGUUGUGCACAGACAUUUUUUUAGUUCGAGAGACAGGGGAACUGGAACUAGAGGAAGAUCUCUAUGCCAAAUUAAUAUUCCUGUACCGCUCACCAGAAACCAUGAUCAAAUGGACUAGAGAAAAAACAAACUGAUACCUUAGGACACAGACUGCAAAUCAAGAUACCAUUUGAAUUUUCAAAAACAAAGAAAAGCACAAUAUUCUCAUAAGAGCUAUGCAUUUCUCAUUCGAUGGGAAUGGUUUCUCUUCUGACAGGCGGCCAAAGGGAGUUGGCUUCCUUUUGUAGUCAAAGCUACCUUGCAGGUUCAGGCGCUGUUGAAAAAGUUAUUUGUAAUUCCAUUUCUCUGAAUCAGGGCUACUUGGUUUAUGUUUUAAUCAACAGUGUCUUGCAUUCUGAUAGACUAUGUGAAGGAAUCAUUGAUGGGUCUCCUCCCUCAGAGAAACAGAAGAGAAGAAGGAAGAAGGAAGGGCGCCAUGUUUUCCUGUGUGGGGACCUUGCCCUUCCUGAAGAGAUGCUACAAUACAGGCCACAGCGCUCUGUCGCCAAUGGGGAAGCUGCUAUGGGGAGAAUAGAUGGACCUCAGCACAACCCGAAUAUGCAACAGCAAUAGAAGGCUGAAAACUCCUAAACAUUUCUAGGAGGAAGAGAGGGAGCUGAUGACCCUUGAAGAUGCCAGUGGAUGGAUAAGCCUCAUUCUAAGCAAAAAGAUAACUUAGUGACACUCUUACUGCCUUAUCUUAACUGAAGAUUAAUAAAUUUUUUUUCCCAUUAAACACCAGUGACUUCUCAGGAAAAAAAAAAAAAGCAGCAAAACAAAUAUGUGGACACUGGCUUUGUUGAGACCCAGCUAGUGAUUCACGUCAAUGGUGGUGGCUGUUCUACUUCCGAGAGCCCAUUACCGCUCCUGGUGAAACACAGACAAGAAGUAGAAAGAUGGAAAAUGCCGCCCAGCAGAGGUGGAGCACCUUGACUUUGUAACUCUUUAUUAACUGAGGUCAUGAGCACUCUUCUACCUGCUCCAUCCCCCAACAUGCUUUUUCCCAUUUCGAUGAUUUAAAGCAAUGGUUUUCCAGUAUGUGACAUUUUCCUUCCUGUUUUUCAGGUAUAUCAAAGAGUUUACAUAUUCCAAUUCACAUUUUUACAUCUGAGACGGGUUUUUUAAGUUCAUAAUUAUGAAAGAAAUAUGUAUAUUGAGCUUGGGGAAAUAAACAAUGGCCUUUUCUUAAAUUAUUGUUAUUGGUAAUACAACCUCUUCAUUAAACAACAUUGUAGCAUGGAAAUUUAUGACUGAAAUGUAGUUUUCAUUCCAUAUUAAAAUACAGUUUCUGAGAAGAAUCAUUGAAUGGACUAGAAUAUGUCAAGAAAAAUGAUCCUAUGUAGUGUGGGUUCAGGACUGACUCAAAAUAAAGCACAUCUUGCAAAGUCA